AUGCUGGCGCUGUUCUUCAACAUCUUUGUCAACCCCAUCGCACUCGGAAACUUUGGGUGGAAAUACUACAUCGUUUUCGUCGCUUUGCUGAUCAUCAUCUCUUUGACCGCGUGGUUCUUUUGUCCCGAGACCAAGGUUACACUUUGGAGGAAAUGGCCGUCAUUUCCGACGGCGAUCGAGCAGAGGUUCCAGAAGUCACCGACACCGCACGCAAGGUUGCAGCAGCCACAGGAAUUGGCCAAGACUGGACUCGAGAUGGCGCAUAUCGAAAUUUUGCACAUGCCGAGCCAUGGCUGGUAG